UUUAAUACCAUUACUUCACUUCCUCUUCCUCCUCCUUCUUCUUCCUCUCUCUCUUUGUCCGGAAACGGAGACCAAGACUCCGGCAGAUGAGUCGUUUGGCGCCGUUAUCAGAAGAACCCAUUAACGAAGAAGACUCUGCGAACAAUUCAAAGAAAGGCUUGUCAUGGAAAAACUGGCUCAAAACCCAUAUCUCUCUCGUCUUCAACAAGAAGUCUGAUCUUAAAAUCCUCUUGAUCGUUUUGGGUUGCCCUCUUUUCCCGGUUUCCGCCCUCUCUAAACCACCCAUCAAUGAGGUAUCAUCCUCAGCUCAAUACAUUAUACAACAUUUUACAGCAGCAACAGGAUGCCGGAAAUCGGAAGGGACGGUGAGAAACAUUUUUGUGACUGGAAAAGUAACAAUGGCGAUGGUAGAUGAGCUAGGUGCAACGGUAGGCUCGGUGGCUGGAGCUGCCGGAGUUGCCCAAAAAGGAUGCUUUGUUAUGUGGCAAAUGGUACCUAAUAAAUGGCUAAUUGAAUUGGUUGUGGGUGGUCACAAGGUUAUAGCGGGUAGCGAUGGCAAUGUGGCUUGGCGCCGCACGCCAUGGCUAGGAACACAUGCAGCCAAAGGCGGUGUUCGUCCCCUACGCCGAGCUCUUCAGGGACUGGAUCCUAUGGCAAUAUCAGCUGUAUUUUCCUCAGCUCAGUACAUUGGAGAGAAACGGAUCUCCGGAACUGAUUGUUUCGUGUUGAAACUAUCUGCUGAUCAAGUGGACUUGGCUGAUCGGAGUGAUAACACUGCUGAGAUGAUCAAGCAUGUCAUAUUCGGCUACUUCAGCCAAAGAAGUGGACUGCUGGUGUUUCUAGAAGACUCUUACCUGACCAGGAUUCAAUCACCCGGAACACACCCUACAUAUUGGGAAACAACAAUGGCUACCAAAAUUGAAGACUAUAGGUUAGUGGAAGGUGUCAUGGUUGCACAUUCUGGUCAGUCUAAUGUUAUCAUCACGAGAUUUGGCGAUAAUCUAAAGGCAGGCCUCUCAGUCACUCGCAUGGAAGAGAUAUGGACCAUCGACGAUGUUGCUUUCAAUGUCCCCGGACUCUCCAUCGAUUGCUUCAUCCCUCCCAAAGAAGUUCAGAGAGAUUUCCCGGACGAGAACUUGGAUUGGCGGUCGCCUCUGCAUCGAUGAUGAAGGCUAAACACUACUCGGUUGCUAAUCGCUUUCGAUAUAAAGGCAUUCGAUCUCGACGCUGUUUUAACUUUUGACUGGAGUAGGCCUGACACUCAUCUAUAAGCAUAUGUAUAUAAAAUCACAUUAUAUAUAUUUUUGGGUCCCAGUGUUUAGAACUAUAGUAGGCUUUCGUAUUGCUUUAACUGAUUAUGGAAUCAUUUUGUAUAACCCUGAAAAAAGAGA